UAUUUUGUUAAAAGUAUUACGCUCUUAUUUUUUUAAGUAAAAAUUAUAUAAUCCAUAUUACUAAAUACAGAAAGGAUGUCUAUCAACAAUUCAAUAUCCAAGAUUACCAAGAGGACUAACUUAUUGCCAACAGUUUUAGCUCACCAUUCUAAGGGCUAUCAUACUAGCAUAGAUAGCAACAGAAACCCUGUGUGGUCUAAAACAGUUUCAGAGGCUGAAAAAAUAGUCGGAUAUUCAACAUCUUUUCUCAAUUUAAGGGGCCUUUUAAGUGAUGAAAUUGCCAAUAUUGCAGUUUUCCUGAGAAAACUGAUGGAGUCUAAUCAUCCAUUAAUAGAUAUUGCUAAAAAUUUAAUUAAUAAUGGAAGAGUUAAUGCUCAACCGUGGGGCCUUAUAGUGUUAUUAAUUUCUAAAGCUGCUGGACUAAGUAAACCAAAUAGUUUAGAAGGAAGAGAAACUAUUGGAAUUCUGCAUAGCCAACGUGUUCUUGCAGAAGUAACGGAAAUUAUUAGAGCUGGUUUUUCUAUUCACAAGGGAUUAAUCAAUAUUCAGACUGAUGUUUAUUCAAAUACAGAAUUAAUUAAUAUGAAAUUUGGCAACAAAGUUGCACUACUAAGCGGUGAUCACUUAUUAGCUAAUAGUUACUCUCAAUUAGCAGCUUUAAGAAAUCAAGAAGUAUCAGAACUCAUGUCCAUUGCUGUACGUGAUAUAGCUCAAGCUGAUUUUGUUGGAAGAAGAGAUAACCAGAAUAAUAUUAUACCUUCGGUACCACCUGAAGACAAAAUUGGAUAUGCUGUUAGAGAAUGGACUCUACAAAAUACAUUAAGUGUUGGUUCUUUAUUGGGUAAAUCAUGCCAAGGUACCCUAAAUCUUGGUGGACACAAUGAAGAAAUACAAGAGUGUGGAUAUCAGUUUGGAAAACAUUUAGCUCUUGCCUGGCAGACGGGUGUAGACUUGGAACCAUUUACGAAGAAGAGCUCAUUACCAAUUCAUUUCAAUUUGUGUUCUGCACCUGUCAUGUUUCAAAUUGAACAUGAUUCGGCUAUUCUCGAAGAAAUUAAUAAAGGAUUAGAGUCAAUACAUAAUAUAGAUUAUUUAAAGAUAUACGACCUUACUAUCAAUGGUCCAGGGAUUGAACGAACAAAGGAAUUACAGAAACAUCAUUCUCAGAAGGCAAUCGACGCAUUAAAUACUUUUCAAGAUAGUAAUGCAAAAACAGCGUUGAUAAACAUCGUUUCUGCAAUAUAAGAUAUUUGAAAAACUUGUGAUUUUCAAAGUGUCAGAUAAAAAUGACUGGUUUGUGCACAUCAUUACUUAUAUUUCAAUCAGAGAAAAAUUAGAAAAUUUUUUACUUUUAUCAAAGUUUAUUUUGUGUUGAUAAAUUUCUAAAUUUUACCAAAUAACCUAUGUUAAAGGUUGUUUUAGAAAUUAGAAUUGUCUCAAAAACUU